UACACAAACCGUUUCCCGAAAGUUUUUCUACAAAUCUGGGCGACUAGGCCAAGGCCUCAAGUACUACGCUUUUUUUCCUCCUCCCAAAAACAAACAUAUAGACCACGAUUUUACAACGGUUGUAAUUGAUAAUCGAAAGUCACUAAAACUAGUGAUACGAACGGGAGAGUGGGAGGUUUAAAAGCAUUCAUACGUUUCGUACAAGAAAACAGCAAACAAAAAUAAAACACAAUUGUGAGACAUGAGAUAACACACCGACCAUUGCAGUGCAGCGAUCAAUUACUGGAUGUCUCGAAUUUAUGAUUAGUAUUCAAAAGACUGUUGAGUGGUUAGGAUGGAUAUGUUUCUGCUGCUGACGAUCGCAGCAUUUUGGCUGAGUUGUCCCGCUACCGUUUACAGCCAACACGACGGUGAUAACUAUCGUCUGCCGAAUAACAGUUAUCCGCUGCGGUACGACCUCCAGCUAACCACGUACAUUCACGAUAACAGCAGCAAGUGGCAAUUUAGAUUCGAUGGCAAAGUAAGAAUUAAGGUUUUUGUCAAAGAUGAAGGCAACAGCAGCAUAACAGUGCACUACCGCCAGACCACGAUUACACAUGUCAAGUUGUGGUCCUUGCUCGAGAAUGGAACCGAACGUGUGCUUCUCAAUGACAACACGAGCUUCGUGUUGGAUCCCAAGAGAGAAUUUGUAACAGUGACACCUUCAAGUGAAAUUUUAAAUGGCACGUACUAUCUCGAGUUCGAGUAUCAUGGUGAACUUCGAAAUGAUAACGCUGGAUUCUAUCGGUCAUCUUAUGUGGAUAACGAAAACAGAACGCGUUGGUUGGCUACAACACAAUUAUCUUCAACUGAUGCGCGCCAUGUGUUUCCUUGCUACGAUGAACCAGGUAUCCGUGCACCAAUAGGACUUACGAUAAUUCAUGGCAGCAACUAUACAGCACUGUCUAACAAUGUGCCACGGGCGAUAAAUGACAGUCAUAUUCAACAGCUGGACGAUGGUUUCGUUAAAACUGUAUUUUACGAUACACCCUCCAUGCAACCGUACUUGCUCGGAAUUGUCGUCAGCGACUUCGUCUCCAUCUUCUCUGAGAAAUUCCCACGACAUCGUGUUUUCGCCCGAUACAACGCCGUCCAGUAUGGUGAGGGUAACUUCAUUCUGGAAGCGGGAUAUAAAAUUCUUAGCGAGCUGGAAAAACAUCUCGAAACCGAGUACCCUCUGGCAAAACUGGAUCAUGUUGGCAUCCCGGAUUUUGCACCAGGAGCAAUGGAAAAUUAUGGUUUAAUCACCUACAAAGAAGAACGAUUCUUCUACGAUAACCUGUCAUCCCCGAUGAAACAGAAAUCCAUGAUAGCUAGUGUUGUGGGACAUGAAGUGGGCCAUCAGUUCUUCGGUAACAUGGUAUCUCCAGCUUGGUGGAGUUACCUAUGGAUGAAGGAAGGAUUCGCAACAUACUUUGAAUAUUUGGCAUCGGAUCUUGCCUUCCCAGAUUUACGAAUUUGGGAAACUUAUUCAGUCGACAAAAUGCAUAAUGUUUUCGAAUUAGAUUCUCUGAGUUCAUCUCGUCCGAUGACCCAUUACGUUAACUCUCAAACGGAGGUUGCCAAAGCAUUCGAUAAUAUUGCUUACGAUAAAGGAGGAUCCAUAAUGCGAAUGUUCCAGUAUGCCCUCGGACCGGAAACCUUCCGACAAGCUCUGAUAAGAUAUCUGCGGAAAAAAGCAUUCCAAGCUGCACACCCGGAGGACUUUGCUGCAGCUAUGCAAUUUGCAAUUGAUAAUAGCACCCAAACCGGGAAACUGCCCUCAAACGUUUCGGCUCUGACCUUCUUGAAGUCAUGGACCGAACAGAGUGGCUAUCCCGUCCUCCAUGUAUCUCGAGGCGACGAUUUGCGCGUAACACUAACUCAAGAACGUUAUCUUCUAAAGGAAAAAGAUACCAAUGGAACCAAAUGGAUUCUACCUUUCAAUUUCGCAACGGCUAGAAAUUCAGAUUUCACUUCCAUUAUGAGCCCGAGAUGGCUCCUAACCACCAGAACAGUUCUCGAUGCAGACGGCUGGGGAGCAUCCGAUUGGAUUAUUUUCAACAAACAACAAACUGGCUACUACCGGGUCAAUUACGAUGACCAACUCUGGUACCUUACCAUCGCCCAACUCUAUCAAAACUCAUCGGUCAUCAACAACAUCAACCGCGCUCAACUCAUCGACGAUUCACUGAAUCUUGCUCGGUCGGGUCGUCUUAGCUACAAUAUCGCAUUACGUUUGCUAAGAUAUCUUGCCAACGAACGAGACUUUGUCCCGUGGGCUGCCGCAAGUCGUAACAUGGAACUACUGAUACGCCUCUUCUCGGGCUCACCUCAAAUGAACCUCUUCCAAAGGUUUCUCCGAGCCGCUAUCAAUCCAGCUUUCACUGAACUAGGACUGACAACCAAUCCCAUGGAUGAUUUACCUACCAGAAGAACCAGAGAACUCGUUUCGAAGUGGGCCUGCAUGAUGGGUUCCGAGAAAUGUUUGAACAAAUCGGCGUCUAUCCUGCUCGAAUCCCUCGGUACGUCCAGGACACCGGUGGAUCCCGAUUUGCGCAACGUUAUCUACUGUUACGGUUUGCAGACUGCCAGCAAAGAAAUAUUCCUUACCGUUUGGAGAGAAAUGCAGGCGUCCCAAAAUCAGGCUACCAGGGCCUUUUUGAUUCAUUCACUCGGUUGCACUCAGCAUGACGAAUUGAAGUGGUUACUACUCAACACAUCGAUCGCCGAUGAGAGUGAGGGAGUGAAUUACUUUGGACAGGAACGCGGCCGAAUAUUAUACGUUGUUUACUCAAACGGUGGCAAGGGGAUAGAGAUUGCGUUGGAAUUCUUCACACAGAAUCUGAUGAAAAUCAACGAAUUAUACAACAAGGGAAAUUUCGGCGGACGCGCCAUUAUCACUGCGAUAAACGAAAUGUCGAUGUAUAUCAUAAACAGUGAUCUAAACAGCCGGUUCCAAACACUUAUCAAAAAGGUGAUCGACGCUGGAUUGUUGAAAGAUACCGACACGCUGAGAGCGCUGGAGCAGUCGAGUGAGAACCUGCAAUGGGUACAGAGCAAAGGGAAGGAAAUCGAAGCCUGGCUACAGGAGUAUUAUUCAAAACCCGAGGAACCUUUGACAACAACCCUGGCACCCACCACAACACAAGCUGGAGGUGGAGCCUACAAAGUUGUGGUUUCCACCUGCCUCAUGGUGGUUACUGUUCUUAGUAAAUUUAUUAUGUAAAAAAGGGUACAGUUUUUAAGAUAAAUUUAACAAUUUUCAAA